AUGUCCCAAGUCGCUUCUUCUCAGAGCAUUAUUCAUCACCCACUCUUUCCAUCUCUCCUUGCGACCCACAGUGUAACCGUCGCUGAUGGUCAUCGUCACUACAAGAGUGCCUCUUCUCAACCUUCAACCAUCACGAGUGAAGAUAUUAAAAAAAAGUUAACGGAAACUGGAGAGAGUAAUAAUAAUAAUAAUAAUGGAAAUAAUAAUUCUGAUUCAUCAUCCAUGAAUGCUAUACAACAACAACAACAACCAUCAUUAAACAUGACAAGUGGCAGCAGUGAUUCAACAAUCCUUCUUCCCAUUCAACAAGAUGAAUCAUCCGUUGUCAAUCAAUUAUGUAAUAAUUUUCUAGUCCAAACCAAUUAUCCUAGUGUGGUCGAAAGUGAAAUUCCAAGUAUGGUCAUGAAUUCUCAACAACCUUCUCAAUUUGAUCAAUCGAUUUGUGGUCUUGCAGCCAUUACUGCAUUACACAAAAUGGAAUUACAAACCAUGUAUCAUUUAUGUGAAGAUUUUAUUGAUCAAAUGCAACACACACUUCAUAUUGAUAAACAAAAUGCGAAAUAUAGUGCAAAACAGAGAAUUCAACAUCCAAAUGUGUAUAGUGGAACGAAUGUGGUCAUGUUUAUGAAUCAUUCUGGAGGAGUAGCAAAUGGAACAGGUCUCCAUUCGAGUAUGAGUGGUGGUUCUGGUGGUGUUGGUGUUGGUGGUCAUUUCGAUUCGUAUGAUCCAUUGGAUGCAUCUCCUAAUUUGGCAUUGGAUCAACAUCCGAAUGGUUCUGACGAUGGAUUGGGAGAUGACGAUGGAGAUUAUCCAUUGGCAGAGAUUAAAAAGACUGAGGAUGUGGUUAAGGAAUUGAAAAAACGAUACUCGGGUGAAGUGUUGACAUUGGCAAAAAAGAAGAAGAAUUUUUCAAAGAGUGCCACUGAUGUGUUAAAUGUUUGGUUUUUCCAACAUCUUCAUGAUCCAUAUCCUAGUGACGAUGAAAAGAGAAUUCUCUCUCAACAAACUGGUUUAUCUCUCUCGCAAGUGAACAAUUGGUUCGGUAACAAGAGAAUGAGAUAUAAACGUAAAAUGUUGGAACAAAAUAGACGAAAUGGUCAGAAAGGAGCUGGUGCUUCUCAAGCAGGUGGUGAUGAGGAUGACUCUCCACAACAACUUCAAUUCCACAACGAUCAAGAUUUUAAUUUUAACUAA